AUGGCUUACAACAACAAGGUCUUCACCAUCUCUCCAUCGCAGCUCACCUCCCCGACCAACAAAACCGCCCUCAUCACAGGCGGCUCCUCGGGUAUAGGCCUCCAGACCGCGCUCCUCCUACACUCCCUAGGCAACAACGUCGUCAUCGUGGACCUCCAAGCCCUCCUCGCCUCCCCGCGAUACCUCUUCCACGAGGCCGACGUCACAGUCUGGGCCUCUCAGCGCGCCGCGUUCGAGGCCGCGGUCGCCCGCUUCGGCAGGAUCGACCUCGUCCACGUCAACGCGGGCAUCGCCGAGUACGGCGACCAGUUCUUCGACGAGACGCUCGACCAGGACGGGCUGCUCGCCGAGCCGGACCGGCGGUGCGUCGACGUCUGCCUGCACGCCGCGGACGACACCGUGCGUCUGGCGGCGCACUAUCUGCGGCGGAACAACCACAACAACAGCGGCAGCAACGACAAAAAGAAGGGCGUCGUCGUGGACGGAGGAGCAGUGGCGGCCCCACCAGCAGCAGCAGGGAGUAUAGUCAUCACGGCAAGCCUGGCUGGCUACCUCGCGAGCGCGGGCGCGCCGCUGUACAGCGCGGCCAAGCACGGCGUCGUGGGCCUGAUGCGCGCGCUGAAGCGGGACCUGGCGACGCUGGGCAUCGCCAUCAGCGUCGUGGCCCCCGGGAUCACGGUGACGCCCAUCCUCGCGGCCAGCCGGGACGCCCGGGACGUCGAGGCGUGGGUGGGCCGGAUGAGGGCCAGCGGCGUGCCCAUCAACACCCCGCAAGAGGUGGCCGCUUGCGUGGUGUGGCUGAUGGGCCUGGGGAUGGAGGGCAACGGGAAAGGAAUGCUGGUGCAGAAGGGCCUGGUCGCGGACCUCGAGGCCGGGAUCGCGGCGACCCGGGCUCAGUGGAUGGGCCAGGAGAUGCUGGAUCUGUUCAGGGGUGGGAGGACCGCGCCGUAUUUCCCCAAUAAGCUGUAA